AGGGAUUUUUUUUUCCAGCGCCUUAUUCCCCCUGUGGGGAAGACUUCCCCCUUGAGGACAGAGUCUCCUACUUUGGCUGUCGUGUAUCAGGAUUGGGAGAGGGGACAAAGUUCAUAUCCAUGCCCCCAUCUCAGCUUUGAUUCACUGUGUGAUCUUGGCCAAGCCACUAAGCAUCUCUGGGCCUCAGUGAUGCCAGCUAAGUUACUGUUCUCUAUUCCAGGAUGGUCAAACAGAUGCAAAUGAGAAGAGACAGGGCUGGCUCCCAAAGACCUGCGGGGUGAAAAUAACAGUGUGGUGCAAAUUCCCUGAGUGAUGGUAGAGCUGAUGCAGAAGUGGACCCAGGCUGGUCCCUUUCUGAAGAGGGGACCCCUUGCUCCCACCACACCCACAUACAGUUUUUCCUUUGACACUUGGGAGAGCACCCUGGGCCUUCCCCUGGACUGAUAACUGACAGCUUCCUUUUCCACUGCUCCAUUCUGGCCCCUGCCCCUACCCGCCAUCCUUAGAAGCCCUCUGAGCUAGUCUGGCUAUAUAUGGCACCUCCUGGGGGCCUGGUUCCUGGCUGGUCCCUGGCUCUCCUUUCCAAGUCGGACCAGUUUCCCCUGCAGGCCCCAGAAGACAGCCACUAAUCUGGAGAUCAGGUGCCAGGAGCUUGGCUCCACGUCCUGCAGCUGCCAGGAUAUUCUUUAAGGCAGGCAGUCCCCAACCCCCCUGUUAACACUCUUCAAUUCAGUAGGUUUCUAUCCAUUUGCCCCUCCUGCAGGGGAGGAGACUGGGAAAUAGGUUAUUUAGUUCAAGAUCACCAUAGAGGUCUGUGUGUGGGGUGCUGGAAUUUGAACCCAGCCUCCAAGUUCUAGGCUUUUCCCAGUGUGUUUUGCUGCCUGGGAUUCAGUAACAGUGAGAGCUCACCCUAGCAUGGCCCUUUCCUGGGGACCUGACACUGGUCUAAGUAGGUCAUGUCAUUACCCCAUUUAUUCCUCACCAGGAUGUUAGGGUAGGUGCUACUGUUAUCUUCAUUUUACGGGUGAGGAAAUUGAGACCAGAGAGCUUAAGUGACUUGGCCAAGGUCACGCAGCUAGUGAUAGCCGAGCUACGUGCUGUGCUGCCAGAGUCACAUUGUUGCUCCUUCAACAUUCAGUCCCUACUGAUACCAGGACCCCUGAGGUCAGGCUCUGAGGAAGGCGGGGCAAGAAGGGGACUAGGGGGGAAGAAAGUGUUCUUCAGGGAGAUUGGGCUCUGGAAGCAGUUGGUAUAGGAGGGGUACACGUGCACGUGUGUGUCUAUGUGGGGGGUGUGUCUGCGUGUGUGUGCGUGUGUGUGCGUGUGUGUGUGUGUGUGUGUAGGGGGUAUAGGUGCAGAGACAAAGCAGCUGGUGAAUGGGGAUGGAAACCAAAAAAGGAAUUCUUGCGAUCUGUCCCUGCAGGCCUCAGCCCCCUUCACUCCAGGUGGCAGUGACUGGAAGGAGCCGGAUUUGGCCCAAGGACACAACGCUUGGCUCGCCUUGCAGAACACGCUGCUCCUGGGGACUUUAGUUCUGGUCACCGUGGUCCUCCGUUCCAGCAGCCACUCCCGGCACCGCCCGGCUCCUGUGGCCGCUUUGAGCCUUUGAGGAAAGUGAUCUGAUAACAACCACGCAUAUUAAGAACUACAAGAAAGAGGCCUCUGAAGCUCGGCUUGGGGUGCAGGGGAUAGGAUGGAUGUGGCCACCACAAAGGAAGACUUCGGAGCCCUGGCCCAGGCCUGACAACACUCAGGGGGCCUUACGCUGCCACCAGGGCAUCGCCUCUGCCUGCCCAUAGGGUUCUAUGAGGGCCCCUUUGCACAGCUGAGAAAAACGAAGCACAGACAGUGAGGUUCUUGGCCUUGGCUGGCACAGGGGUGCACGGGGGCUGGCAGCAUCAAAUGACCAGGUGGAUGUGCUCCCAUGAGUGCUCCUUCCAACCUGCCCAGUUCCUACUGCUGGUGGGGGUCCCGGUGGCGAGUGCCCUCCUUCUGGUCCAGUGCCUCCGAUGGCACUGUCCUCGCUGGCUGCUGGGGGCCUUUUGGAAGCUGGAUAACCAAGAGGAGCCAGUGUCCCAUCCCACUCCUCUACCAGAAAAUGAGUCCCCAAGGCAGUGCCCGCCAGCCACGCUGCCGGAGAUGGCUGCCUUCUACCAGGAACUGCAUACACCCACUCAAGGCCAGACUGUCGUCCGUCAGCUGAUGCACAAGCUGUUGGUGUUUUCGGCUCGAGAGGUGGAUCACCGCGGUGGCUGCCUGAUGCUCCGGGAUAUGGGCAUCUCUCUGCUCAUCCCGCCAGGUGCUGUGGCUGUGGGCCGCCAGGAGCGGGUAUCGCUGAUCCUGGUGUGGGACUUGUUGGAUGCCCCGUCGUUGUCCCGAGCCCAGGGGCUGGUGAGCCCUGUGGUAGCAUGUGGCCCCCACGGGGCCUCCUUCCUGCAGCCCUGCACCCUCACGUUCAAGCACUGUGCCCAGCAGCCCCGCCAUGCACGCACUUACAGCAGCAACACGACCCUGCUCGAUGCCAAGGUCUGGAGGCCCCUAGGGCAGCCAGGGGCCCACACGUCCAGGGACGAGUGUCGCAUCCGCCUCUCUCACUUCAGCCUCUACACCUGUGUGCUGGAGGCGCCUGCGGGCCGGGAAGCCCGCAAAUGGCUGCAGCUGGCUGUGUUCUGCUCGCCGCUGGUGCCGGGACAGUCCCACCUGCAGCUGCGCAUCUACUUUCUCAACAACACGCCCUGCGCCCUGCAGUGGGCCAUGGCCAACGAGCAGCCCCACGGUGGGCGCCUGCGCGGGCCCUGCCAGCUCUUCGACUUCACGGGGGCCCGAGGGGACCAGUGCCUGAAGCUCAAGUACAUCUCUGAGGGUUGGGAGAACGUGGAUGAGAGCAGUUGCCAGCUGGUUCCCCAUCUCCACAUCUGGCACGGAAAGUGCCCCUUCCGUUCCUUCUGCUUCCGGAGGAAAGCAGCCAAUGAGAAUGAGGACUGCUCAGCGCUUACCAAUGAGAUCAUUGUCACCAUGCAUACCUUCCAGGACGGCAUGGAGACCAAGUACAUGGAAAUCCUCAGAUUCCAGGCAUCAGAGGAAGAAUCCUGGGCGGCGCCACCCCCUGUCUCUCAGCCACCCCCAUGCAACAGGCUGCCUCCAGAGCUCUUUGAGCAGCUGCAAAUGUUGUUGGAGCCAAACAGCAUCACGGGCAAUGACUGGCGUCGACUGGCCUCCCACUUGGGGCUCUGCGGCAUGAAAAUCCGGUUCCUGUCCUGCCAGCGCAGCCCAGCCGCAGCCAUCCUGGAGCUGUUUGAGGAGCAGAACGGCAGCCUGCAGGAACUGCACUACCUCAUGACCGUCAUGGAGCGGCUGGACUGCGCCUCGGCCAUCCAGAACUACCUGAGCGGGACGCACGGCGGCGGGGGCGCCCAGGAGAACCAGGGCUUGGAACUGGACGAGAAGCUCUGAGCGCCCCCAGGGGGCAGGGUGGGGACCUCCUCGCAGCACUCUGGGCACCUGGGGGCCCCGACACCGAGGGAGAGCGCGGCAGCUGCUUCUGGCCGCGCCCACCGACCUCAUCAGAACCCUCAGACGGUGGCUGUGGCCACCGUGAGACCAGGGGGCGGUGGGAGGGGGGGCACUGUCAGCUUCCCUGGCGCGAUCCUAGAGACCAGCUUCGUGCUGCGAACGGGUCCCAUCCUGGUCGGCAGGGGGCGCAGGAGCCCAGGAGAUGGCCCUGGCAUGGCCAGCCUCUAGGAAGCUGUUGCAUAGACCCAGUGGACUGUUAGGCUGCCCUGUCGGCACUCCUUGGGGACUGGCCAGUUCACAAGGAUUCGCUGCGCACUUAGUGAUACUCCGCAUCGGACUGGGUAUCACGGGGAAUCCUGGCAUGGAGGAAAUGGGGCUUGGAGCUUGACAAACCCGCAGUUCUCUUGUGGGAGGCAAGAUGCCCUCAUGGAUGAGAGGCUAUUUCCAAAACAGCAGUGCCCUGGGGUUAGGGGAUGUGGGCGUGCUUUAGGAGCUGAGACGGGAGGCAGCGGGGCGUGGGCUGGAGCAGGAGAAGGCUUCAUGGAGGAUGCUGGAGAAAGGGUUGGGACGAGCAUAGAGUGGUUCAGCCGUCUUUGGGUGGGGAUAGAGGGUGAUGGUGGCUGGACUUACAGUAGGAGCCAAGAGUGAGCAUGGGUGUGCGGGGAGGGUUCAAGGUCAGUCAUGCCGGCUGUCCACCUGUCUCCUUUGUCUUCCUUUGUCUCUCUCUCUUCCCAUCCUUGCCUUGUCUUCCUUUCUUUCUGCCAUUAUCUCUGUCAUAAAACAUCAAUGCUGACAAGAAACUACAAGAUUAACAUUCGUGCCCAACCUUUUUACCUCUUUAUCUGGAACUGUGUGAGUUUUCAGUGUCUCUGGUUCCAUUUUGCUGUCACCAUUUUCUGCAGUCUCUGCAUCCCUGAAUCUGUGUGUUAGUCUCUGUCUUAGCAUCUCUUUGCCUCUACCGAGUCACUGGGCCUGCCUUUGAGGGUUUCCUUCACCCUCGGAAACCCUCAGUCAUUCCCCUCAGGGCCAAUGUCUCUGUAUCAAUUGUCUCUGGGCCAAUGUCAUGUAUCAAAGGCAAUGAAAGGACACUGGGCUACCCUAGGAAUGGGGGUGGGGUGUGGAUUUUACCCUGUGAAUCAAGACCCAAUUUAGGGUCAGGAAAUAAACAAUAGGGAUUAAAGAACAUGCCAGUCAGUCAACAAAUAUUUAUUCCGUGCCUACGAUGUGUUAGACACUGUACAGAAAAGAGAUCAGUGGGCUGGGUCCUGAAAAGAGAACAAAGGAUUUGACUCCAUUCUAGCAAUGUUUUUGUUUGCAAACAGGUAUUGUUAAAUUUUUUUUUUAAGGGCAGGCAAGCAAUCUCUCUACUAGCAAUUUGCUUUUGUAUUUAAUGAAAAGAUAUUAAAGCUUUUUCUAUGAUAAACAAUAUUGCAUAAUAAUAAAAUACGAAAAUUUC